GAGUCGCGCGCUGCGUGUUGACAUCCAGGAAGUGGCGACCAGCGCCCCGCUGCGCGGCGCGAGGCGGACUAAAAACCACAGGACUACAGACCGGGAGCACUGGGAGAGUUGUGUCCACUGGUGUUGAUUAAAAUAUCGUCAGAGCCAAAUUCAUGUUCAGGGACCCGAACCAUGAGCUGAUUCAUAGGGUUUAAUAACGAUGAACUGUUUUGACGGAAGUGUGUGCGUGUGCAUGUUAUUGCCGUGCACGCUAGAGGGGGCCAGAUGUUCAGAAAGGGCCCCACGUUAGUUUCUGCCUCUCACCCAAAUAAAGUAUGCUUCAAUAUGAAUUCUCUCUCUCUCUCUCUCUCUCUCUCUCUCCCUAGGUCUAACUGUAGGCUACUCUUGUAACACUGGGACAUCAUCUAUCGACUAGGGCCUGUCACAUAACAGAGUCCUUCUUAGCUGACAGUGUCUGUAGUUUAGCCUGGCUCAGAGACUAUUACAAUGUCUGUAGUGUAGCUCAGAGACUAUUACAAUGUAAGAAGUGUAGCUUAGAGACAGUGUCUGUAGUUUAGCUCAUAGACUAUGACAGUGUCUCUAAUGUAGCUCAGAAUCUAUUUCAGUGUCUGUAGUGUAGCUCAGAAUCUAUUUCAGUGUCUUUAGUGUAUAGCUCAGAGACUAUUUCAGUGUCUUUAGUGUAUAGCUCAGAGACUAUUUCAGUGUCUUUAGUGUAUAGCUCAGAGACUAUUUCAGUGUCUUUAGUGUAUAGCUCAGAGACUAUUUCAGUGUCUUUAGUGUAUAGCUCAGAGACUAUUUCUGUGUCUACGUCCGGCCUCUUCGCCGUGCUCCGUGACACAUUUCCUCUAAGUCUUCAGAUGCUGCUCCGUCAACAACAUGGCCUGUCGCAGAAAAGACAGCUUCCUCUGGGGAAGAGCCGAGAGGACGGCCCUCAAGUCCUCCCGACCUCACCGAGGGGACCCCGGCGAUGACGUCCAGACCCUGCAGGAGUCAGAACGCGUCGCCGUGGAAACACCGGUCAGCACGGAGCUCGGCGAGCAGAAGAAAAACACUUUAAGGAACCGGAUCUUCUUGUGUGGAAAAAAGAAAUUCAACAUGGACCCCAAAAAGGGCAUUUGUUAUCUGGUAGAAAACAACUUCUUGGAAUGGAGAGCAGAGUCUGUGGCCGAGUUCAUCUAUAAAGAGGAAGGCUUGAACAAAACGGCCAUUGGGAACUUCCUGGGAGAGAGGGAGGACAUGCACAUCGAGGUCCUGAAGGCCUUCGUCAACCUGCACCAGUUCUUCCACCUCAACCUGGUGCAGGCGCUAAGACAGUUCCUGUGGAGCUUCCGUCUCCCGGGCGAGGCCCAGAAGAUCGACAGGAUGAUGGAGGCCUUCGCAGCGCGCUACUGUGACUGCAAUGCCGGGGUCUUCCAGUCCACAGACACCUGCUACAUCCUGUCCUUCUCCAUCAUCAUGCUGAACACCAGCCUCCACAACCCCAGCGUGAAGGACAAGCCGGACCUGCGGCGCUUCUUCAUCAUGAACCGCGGCAUCGACCACGGGGACGACCUGUCAGCGGAGCUGCUGACCAAGCUGUACGAGAGCAUCUCCAAGGAGCCCUUCAAGAUCCCCGAGGACGACGGCAACGACCUGACACUCACCUUCUUCAACCCCGACCGCGAGGGCUGGCUGCUCAAACGGGGUGGGCGGGUGAAGACCUGGAAGAGGCGGUGGUUCAUCCUGACUGACAGCUGCCUCUACUACUUCCAGUACACCAGCGAUAAGGACCCCAUCGGGAUCAUCCCCCUGGAGAACCUGUCCGUGAGGCCCAUCCACGACCCCACCAAGCGGUACUGCCUGGAGCUGUCCAGCUGCGGGGGGCAGAAGGUGAAGGCCUGUAAGGUGGAGGCGGGGGGGCUGGUGGAGGGGAAGCACCGCGCCUACCGGCUCAGCGCCGCCAGCCGGGCGGAGCAGGACGGCUGGGUCGCCUCCAUCAGGUCCAGCAUCUCAAAGGACCCCUUCUACGACCUGGUGACCUCGCGCCGGAGGAAGGUCACCGGCAGCAUCAACAGCAGCAACAACAACAGGAGUACCCAAGGACCCCGCUCUGAGCCUCAGAGCUGACCCUUAACGAGGCUGGGUCUGUAAUUAAAGCGUCCCUUGUUCUUACACUCCCUGGAGUUGGGGGCUUUAACAACAGUCCACAGUCAACUACCCUCUCAGUGUUGCACUGCUGUCACAGACCCACAGAGCUGAUGCAGGUUCCCUGGAUCAUGCGGAGCGUUUAAAAUAAGAUUGUGUUGUUAUGUGAUUGACCAGAAGUAUUUUCUCUAGAUAGCCAAUAUGAAUUUGAGACCGUUAAGUGUUUUCUGUGUGUGUUUUCUGUGUGUGUGUGUGUGUGUGUGUGUGUGUGUGUGUGUGUGUGUGUGUGUGUGUGUGUGUGUGUGUGUGUGUGUGUUUAGGGCAGUUUAUUAGAUAGCCAAUAUGAAUUUGAGACCGUUAAGUGUUUUCUGUGUGUGUGCGUGUGUGCGUGCGUGCGUGCGCGCGUGUGCGUGUGUGCGUGUGUGUGUGUGUGUGUGUGUGUGUGUGUGUGUGUGUUUAGGGCAGUUUAUUAAUGUUUUGGUUGUUCAAAUUGCAAUAGCAAGUUAUUACAACAGCACUUGUACAAAGAUAUGCAAACAUCUUGCACAAUUAUUUGUGUUAUUACAUCGUAUUUAUUGACACGCAGAUUAACAUGGACCUUUUUCUACUUUUUUUAUAAUAAAGAUUUAAAUUAAAAGCAAAA